GAUAGAGGUGCAAUGUGAAGAGGGAGCAGACUGCCGGCAACCCGGUAAACGUAUGCAGAGGCAAACCCGGUGGCCGGAUGGUACCCACGGCUCCUGGUGCUGGGAUUGGAAUAAUGUUCCUGGAAGACCAUCCAGUUGGAAGGCGGAGACGGCGUCGAAUCACAGGCGCCAGGGGGGCUGCCUAAGGAACCGACUCUUUCCCAUGCUCGGCUUCCUUCUCUCCUCUCCCUCCUCCUUCUUCUCCUCUUCCUCUCUUUCUUUCUCCCUCUCCUUCCUCGGGUUCAUCUCUAGUCUCUAUUGUUCUCUCCUCUAGAUCGUCUUGCGUGAUCUGUCUCUUUUGAGUCUUGUACUUCCGUACCUUUUCCAUUCUUGUUGAAUCUUCGCCACACUUACUACCAUAACCAUGGCCGACGCAAAGGAAUUCACCUUCCAGGAGGUCAGCGCUCACAACACCAAGAAGGAUCUUUACAUGGUCAUUCACGACAAGGUCUACGACUGCACCUCCUUCGUUGACGAGCACCCUGGUGGUGAGGAAGUCCUCCUCGACGUCGGUGGCCAGGACGGCACCGAGGCUUUCGAAGAUGUCGGACACAGUGACGAGGCCCGUGAGAUCCUGGACGGUCUCCUGGUCGGCAAGCUGAAGCGCAUGCCCGGUGAUCCUGCCCCUCGCUCUCAACCCCAGUCUUCCUCCGGUCCCUCGGGCUCCGGCGACAGCGCCGGCCUGGGUGUCGGUCUCUACGGCAUCGUCCUGGUUGGUGGCCUGAUCGCCUACUUCGCCUACCAAUACCUCCAGAAUGCUUCCGCCGCUGAGACGCAGUAAACGAUAUCCCUUUUUAUUUUUUUUCUUAUUAUAAUUAAUAAACUUAAACAAAAAGAGAUGAAUCCCAUAUGAACUGAAAGCCUUUUUUUCCCCCUUCUCUUGAUUCGAUCCGUGAUUCUUCAUUUUGGCCCCAUGUUUGGAAUUCGGUCUCGUUUGGUUUCUUGGACCGGUCGAUCUCGUCUACCUAUUCUGUUCCACUUCUUCGUCAGCAUUAGGGGCUGUUGGGUGAUAUCCAAUGCAGAUACCCUUUGUUUCUUCUUCCCCUCAGUUUCAAUUCCCCUAUUCUCGUCCCAAUUAGAGCGCAAUAUCACGAAUGCUUGUGCUUGUUCUUUCGUGAUUCGGUAACUGAGAAAGAGCUGUUAAUAGAUCCAUGCUUAAAAGAAACCCGCAAUACGCUACGCUGUUCGGGGUUCAACAUUGAUUCGA